AUGUCUCGAUCCAGAUCCCGCUCUUGGGGUCGCUCUCGUUCUCCCGACCGCCGAUCACGGUCGCCUCGCCGCGACUCUCGUCCCCGUUCUGCGAAUGUAGAGCCACUUGUGGUCACCACCAUAACAGUCGGCAACCUGACAAAGAAUGUGAACGAGGGACAUAUCAAGGAGAUCUUUGGUGCCUAUGGAAAGAUCAAGUCAAUCCACUUUCCAAUGAACGCUCGUUACAAUUUCAACAUGGGAUUCGCAGAUGUCGAGUAUGAGACACGUGAGGAGGCACAGCUGGCAUUAGACGGAUGGAACGGAGGACAACUGGAUGGAGAGGUUGUGGAAGUGAUGUUCACCAAAAAGGUUCCCAAACCCGUUCAGCCUGCAAGACCUGUUCGCCCAAGAGUACCACUUUCUCCACCUCGCCGUGGCGGCCGGGCGCGUAGUCCUCCUCGCCGACGCAACGAAGCUACAGCAGAAGUCGCUCACCUCGUGCGAAUGCAGGUAAAGGAGGAGCAGCAGGAGCAGCACCAGUGGCACCAGCUGCAGCAGGAAGUGCUGUUUGAGUCGGUCACGAAGCCCUCUGAGGAAUAUGAGCAGGAGCCGGUCCCCUCGAAGCCGGAGCAGAAGUCCAUUCUCUGA